AUGAACGAUUCGAGCAGCGAGCAGAGCAUCUUCGACUGCCAGCGCGGUGGCAGCGUCGACAUGCCUGACUCGGACACCAGUGGCGAGGACGCCGACUGGCGCCCCACGAUGGGAGCCACCGAGUUCGGCGCGAUCUCGAAUCGCCUCCUCGACAUCGGCCAGCGCGUCGAAGCCCUCAACCAGCUCGCUCAAGCCUCGAAUCCAGGAACAAAGCAUGGGACCGACAAGGUCGCUUCGUCGCCGUCCCUCCAGCCCGUGAUCCGUCUGCCACGGCUGGCGCUGCUCGGCAACCAGUCGGUCGGCAAGAGCAGCCUGGUCGAGGUCAUCUCGGGCGUCACGCUGCCCCGCAGCAUGGGCACCUGCACCCGCGGGCCGAUCGACAUCACCACGCGCCAGCCCGACCGCGAAGAGGUCGAGCGUGGCGUGACGCCUUGGUUUGCCCGCGUCACGCUCAAGCUCAAGAGUGCCCCGGGCCGCCCGGUCGCCUUUGGCGACGACAUUCACGACCAGCGCGCCGUCGCCGGUCGUAUCCGCCGGGCCUCGCUGGCGCUGCGCGAGAUCUGCAGCGGCAGCAGGGCCGGCGACAAUCUGGAGCGCUUCCUCCAUGCCUCGGACGACGAGCUCGACGAGCUCGAGGACCAGCCUGAUCGACCGACGUUUUUCACCGACCGGAUUGGCGUCGAGGUUGUGGGCGUGCACCUGGCGCCGCUUCGCUUUACCGACCUACCUGGACUCGUGCACAACGCCGACGAGGACGACAUCCUCACCAUCAAGCGCAUGGUCGAGGACGAGAUCUCCGACCCAGACUGCCUCAUCGUGCUCUGCGUCUCGCUUGCCGUCGACAUCGCGACACAGAGCGCCUUUCGCACGGCGGCGAGCAAGGAUGCAGACGGCGCGAGGACGAUUGGCGUCUUCACCAUGCCGGACCGCAUGCAGGCCGACAGCUGGCGUCAGUGGGUGCCCGUCGUCGAGGGCAAAGGCAGGAACCUCAAGCGCCUGCUGCACGGCUGGCACGUCAUCCGCUGCCCCUCGCCCGGCGAGGACGCGUCGGCGACGCUGGCCGACAAGCUCGCCGCCGAGCGCCGCUUUUUCGCGCAGACCUCGACCGCCUUCCGCGAGCUGUGCGCGCAGCUCGAGCCCGACUUUGCCGCAACGAGGUGCGGCAUCGAUCGCCUGACGAGCUUCCUCAGCCAGCUGCUCGUCUCGCGCCUGCGUCAGACGAUCCCUGCCUGCUGCGCCGCGGUCCACUCGAUCCUGGUGCAGAAGCAGGCCGAGCUGGCCGAGCUCCAGCAGCGCCAGGAGGACCGCUUCGAUCCGGCCGCCACCCUGAGCGAGCUGGUGAGCGGCUUCAUCGCCAGCUUCGACCGUCGUCGACCGGUCGUUGAACUCGACGGCCAGAUCAAGCGGGCUGUCCUUGCGAGCGCGCCGCGCCUCCUGCCGUUCACCGAGGAAGAGGCGCGCGACGAGGCCAAGAUCGGCGGGUACGUCGAGACGCCCUGGUCGUUUUGCAACGCCAAGGAGAUGGCCGUACAAGUAGACGCGGGUGGAAGCGCUGCCGUCGGCGCCUCGAACCCUUUGAAGGCCAUGUACCUCGACGAGGUGCGCCGCGACCUCGACUCGGCCGGACCGGACUUCCUCCACCGCCUCCUCAACCUGACGGGCGACUUUGAGGACCAGAUCCGGCGCAGCUUUGUCGAGAUCGCGUCCGACUGCUUCCGCAAGAUCCGCACCGAGCUGUCUCACACGCUGUCGGACCACGUCGAGCGCGCCUUUGCCGGCCAUGCCAAGCUGGGCGCCAAGGUGCACGACGUCGUGACGGCGAGCCUCAAUGCGCACCUCAAGAUCGAGGAGGGCCGCGUCAAGGCGUCGAUCCACUGCAGCACCGCCUCCGACGACCUUGGCAAGGCCGACGCGUGGGCCGACGAGGAACUGGCGCGCUACAAAAAGGCGCGCCUCCACGCCAGCCUGGUCGGCGCUGGUCUGCGCCUCGAGGAGCUCAAGACCAAGGCCGACGGUUUGCUGCGGGCCCUCGCCGAGUUCGGGCUGAAACCGUGCCCCACCUUCCCUUCGUCGAGCAUGGGUGCGGGCGCGAUCGAGGACGGAGUGGGAUCGCUGUGCGACGAGCCCGUCCGACCUGGCCGAGCACGGGCGACCCUGACGACGACGACGACGACGACGAGCAAGGGGGCACUGUACGCCUCGCUUUCGCAGCUCCUGCCCGACCACCCGGGCUACUUCUCCGCCGAGCUGCGCGCCAUGGCGCUGCUUCGAUCGCGCUACAACCUCCUCUCGACGAACCUGUACCACGAAAUCUGCAAGGCGCGCAACAACGUGCUGGCCCAGGUGCACCAGGACCUCGUCAAGGGACUCGGCUGGGAGCUGUGCGGCGGAAAGUCGGCGGCCGAGCUGUGCGCCCUCUACUUUGCCAACGUCGAUCGCGAUCGGCGCGCCGCCGAGGCGGUGCGCGCUCGGCUCGAGGACGAGGUGCAGACGCUCGCCGAGAUGAAGAAGGAUCUCGUCGCUAUCCAGGCUGGUCAGGUCGUGCCGGGCCGUGGGGCCAAGAGGCACAGGAGCGACGGCGAUGAAGAGUCGGACGUGGGACCCGUCGAAGUGGCCGGGGCCGUCAAGAGGGCCGCUUCGUCGUUUUCAUCGUCAUUGUCGUCCGGCACCAAGUGA